AAGCCAGCUUUUUCCAUUUCCCCCUUUCACUAGAAUUUCUCCUUCUGCUUUUCCUCUUCCUCAUCUCCUCACUCCACCACCACCUCCUCCUCUACCUCCAUCACCCCCACCCCUUCACAGCAUCCCCUGUGUAAAAUAAACUGGACCUGCGUGGUGCGUCGCAAAUAUUUCCCCAUCAUAUUUAUUUACGUUCGCUACGUAUAGCUGACUAGUGAUCUACGUUCUAGGUUCUCUCUCUCUCUUCAUCUCAGUGUACGUACUCAAAUACGUUCCCCAAACAGAUCCCAACACGUGUCUAAUUAUGUAGUUAAUCAACAUUUUGUGGCCUUAAUCAAACCAUCUACAAAACCAUAAACACUAAAUUUUCCAGUUGUCAAAAAAAUAAAAUUUUCUCAGUGCACCGUCUCCUGUGAAUUUCUUUGGUGAUUCUUUCCAAAAUUUGCCCACCAACUCCUUCGGGGGCCAGUGCUGUUCUACAGGGGGCAGAAUUGCCCCAAAAAUAACCCUCAACCCACAACAGAUCUCACUUUUGGAGCCAAUGAACGGCUGCACAGUGUUUCCAGCCGAUGGCACGCUUAAACUGGCAACAAUGGACAAAGACGAGCUGCACAUCCGCGAGAACCCGCUGUCACAAGUUGGCAACAGCGCACUGAAGGCUACACCACAGCAGCAGUCUUGCGGGCAAAUUGGCAACAACGCUACAGAGGCUACACUGCAGCAGCAAUCUUGCAAACAAAUUGGCAACAGUGCGAAGGAAUCUAUGCCACAACAGGAAGGUGGCAGGCAAAUUGGCAACAGUGUGAAGGAAGCUAUGCCACAACAGGAGUGUGGCAGGCAAAUUGACAACAGCAUGAAGGAAGCUAUGUCUCAACAGCAGUCUUGUGGGCAAAUUGGCAACAGUGCAAAUGAAGCUAUCUCACAACAGCAGUGUAGCAGACAAGGUGGCAACACCGCAAGGGAAACUAUGCCACUACAACAGUGUAGCAGUCAAGGUGGCAACACUGCAAAGGAAGCUAUACCACAGCAGCAGCGUAGCAGGCAAAUUGGCAACAACGCACCACCAGCUCCACCGCAGCAGCAGCAGUGUUGCCAGACUGCCGGCCUUCGUGUCCUAUAUGCCAGCGGUGGCGAUGGCGGUAGCGGAGAGGCGGCAACACCGCACCGGCGGCUACGCAGCAGCAGCAGCGGUGACGGCGAGCUGGCAACACCGCCCGGGAGGCUGCGUCGCACCAGCAGUGUAAUGAGGCUGGUUAUGUACAGGCCGGGCUUUGUCGCCUCUGUGCUUCUACUCAUCUUUGUCCUGCUGAUUGGCGCUCUCGUUCUAGUCGGCAUGGCACACGAGGAGUGUACUAACAACGGGCUUCUACUAAAUAGAAUACAAAAAGCAGCCAGGCAAGAAGUAUGUCUUACCGAGGCAUGUGUCAGAACUGCUGCCACCCUGCUAUCAGCCAUGGAUCGUACAGUCUCGCCGUGUGAUGACUUCUUUCAAUACGCCUGCGGGUCUUGGAAUAAAAAGCAUGUCAUCCCGGAAGACAAGAGCUCUAUCAAUGUAUUCGACGUCCUAUCAGACCAACUGCAUAUCAUACUCAAAGGUGUGCUGGAAGAGCCAAGCAAUGAUGAAGACAGCUCUGCUACAAGAAAGGCCAAACUGUUCUACAAGUCCUGUAUGGAUAUCAAGCAAAUCCGGCUGGUAGGCGACGCCCCGGUGAGGGCAGUGCUUCGCUCGCUAGGGGGCUGGCCUGUCACCGAAGGCCAUGCCUGGACUCCGCCCCCAGGCCGCCUCGAAGUGCUAUUGGGCCGGCUGCGCGGCGAGUUCAACAUGGGCUGGCUCAUCGAGCAGUGGGUGGGGCCUGACGACAAAAACUCUUCUGUGAACAUUCUUCAGUUGGACCAGAUUCCACUGGCUCUACCCAGCCGUGACUACUACCUGAAGCCGAGCAGUGAACGGGACUACCUGGCCGCCUAUCACAAGUACAUGGUCGAGAUGGCAGUGCUGCUGGGUGCCACCAACCGCACACAGGCCGAGGCCGAGAUGAGUGACGUCAUACAGUUCGAGAAACGGCUGGCCGAGGCCGUGAUCCCGGAGGCAGAUCGUCAUGACCACAGCCUUAUCUACCAGAAGCUGACGUUGGCAGAACUUCAGGCCGAAGUGCCCCAGAUAGACUGGCUGACCCUCAUCACACAAUUCCUCGAACUGCGUCUGGACCUACAGGAGCCAGUCGUCGCCUACUGCAUGUCCUAUUUCAAGCAGAUGGGAGUUAUACUACAGCAGACUGAUCGAAGGGUGAUCCACAACUACCUGCUAUGGCGAUUCGUGAUGGAGGUGGUGCCACACAUGGUCGAUGACUACCAGGCGAAGGAGUACGAGUUCCGACGCACCAUGUCCGGUGUGGAGCGGGACUUGAGCAGGUGGACGCAGUGCGUCGAGUGGACCAACAAGAAGAUGGGCAUGGCUGUAGGGGCGCUCUACAUCAGACAGAACUUCGACCAGCACAGCAAGGUUACUCAUCAACAUUAUUUUAAUCUAAUCUAUCUGGUGAUCCACAACUACCUGCUAUGGCGAUUCGUGAUGGAGGUGGUGCCACACAUGGUCGAUGACUACCAGGCGAAGGAGUACGAGUUCCGACGCACCAUGUCCGGUGUGGAGCGGGACUUAAGCAGGUGGACGCAGUGCGUCGAGUGGACCAACAAGAAGAUGGGCAUGGCUGUAGGGGCGCUCUACAUCAGACAAAACUUCGACCAGCACAGCAAGGUUACUCAUCAACAUUAUUUUAAUCUAAUCUAUCUGGUGAUCCACAACUACCUGCUAUGGCGAUUCGUGAUGGAGGUGGUGCCACACAUGGUCGAUGACUACCAGGCGAAGGAGUACGAGUUCCGACGCACCAUGUCCGGUGUGGAGCGGGACUUAAGCAGGUGGACGCAGUGCGUCGAGUGGACCAACAAGAAGAUGGGCAUGGCUGUAGGGGCGCUCUACAUCAGACAAACUUCGACCAGCACAUUGAACAUAACAGCUGAUGAAUUCCUGGUGAACAUUUUGAACAUUUACCGGUACGACGCACGCCAUAAUCUGCAGAACCUCGGCCAGCCCGUCAACAAGGAUAGGUGGGCCAUCAACGGUCCGGCCAUUGUCAACGCUUUCUACAACCCUAACAAAAAUGAUAUCGUGUUUCCAGCCGGCAUACUGCAGCCAUCAUUCUACAGCCUGCACUUUCCGAAGUCGCUCAACUAUGGAGGUAUAGGAGUUGUCAUUGGACAUGAGAUGACCCACGGAUUCGAUGAUAAAGGUCGUCAAUUCGACAAGGAAGGCAACAUGAAGCAGUGGUGGAACAACGCGACUAUAGUGGAGUUUCGCCGACGCACACAGUGCAUCAUAGAGCAGUACUCGCGCUACAAACUGGACGACGUCGGCCAUUUUCUCAACGGCAAAAUGACACAGGGCGAGAAUAUAGCUGACAAUGGCGGACUCAAACAGUCGUUCCGGGCCUACCGCAAGUGGGUGGCAAAGAACGGAGAGGAAGCUCUUCUGCCAGGCAUCAAUUUGACUCACAAUCAGCUGUUCUUCCUCAACUAUGCCCAAAUAUGGUGUGGAACCAUGAGACCUGAAGAGGCCCUGAACAAAGUCCGCUCCGGUGUUCACUCUCCCGGCCCUGUGCGGGUCACCAUUCCACUCUCAAACAGCAAGUACGUAGCUUAA